AAAAAGCUUUUGUCUGUCGCGCGGCUCUCUCGCCUCUAUCGUUCCCAGCGAUAACCGACCUGACACGCAAACGGCAGCUCACACAGCAGCCAUGCAAAUAGGCAGAGCAUGGCAGAGAGCAGAGUCCUGCCACACACACUCCCACCACACACACUCCCGUCGUACACUCGUGGAUUUGCAUCCGAGCCUCGCACAAGUUCCUGAUGAGCCGAAGAGGACCAUGAGUUUCUUUGAGAAGCUGAAAAACUUACACAGUGGUCCCCCGGCCCCACCCAAGAGGAUAGAUACCAAUACUGCAUAUGGUUGGUCAGAGGAUGAAUUUGGUGAAGAAGAAGGUGAUACGUAUGAAGCUCCCCCCUGUGAGCGUCCCACCAUCAAAGUCCAGCGUCAGCCUGUAGAGGAGAAUGUUUACCUCGGCUAUCCUGAGAGACCCCAUCCUGUUAUUCCCCAAAGACAGGCAGCACCUCCACCACGACCAGCAAAGAUCACACCUAAAAUGAGACCACCUGAGCCACCAACUGACCAAGAAGAGUUCUACAUUGACCCCAACAACAGAAAAUUCCCUGAAGUCAACCGUAAAGAUAAAAAGGGGCCCCUUAGGAAGAGUCCUCCAGCAAUACCCGCUCCUAAUCUUGAAGAAGAUGUUUACUUGGACCCAAAUGAAGGCCAGAGUGGGAGAGAGCCUCCACAUGAUGUAUACUUGGAACCCACACCAGCACGCCCACCCAUACCCCGUGGUGGUGUACGCAUGGUUCUUCCUCCCAAGACCAUAGGGCGAGAUCCUCCUCCACCCAUUAUUAAGCCACCUGUUCCUAGAGCCAAAUCUAACUCUCUUAUCAGCAGUGACUCAGUAAAGCCAGUUCCGCCCCCAGAAAUGAGGAGCCUCACCUUUCCUACCAAAGCACCGCCGCCCACACCAAACAACAAACCUCCUCUACCCAUCGGCCUGAAAGAACCCAAACCCAGUCCUCCUCCUCCUCCAUCAGUAGACAGCACUGUGCCAGUGAUGCCACCUGGAGGACAGGAGGCAGGGCUGCAGAACAGAGAAUGGUUUGCUGGAAUAUGUGGCCGCAAGACCGCAGAAGACGCCUUACUCAAAGUGAAGAAGGACGGUUCCUUCUUGGUUAGAUGCAGCACUGCUCAGAAUGCACAGCAGCCCUAUACGCUAGUCGUGCUGUUCAACCAAAAAGUGUACAACAUUCCUGUGCGCUUCCUCAAAGAUUCGAGCAGCUACGCCCUGGGCAAGGAAGGCAAGAAAAAUGAAGAGCUCUUCAGCAGUCUGCAGGAGAUGAUCUCUCAUCAUAAGGAUAAUCCCCUCCUUCUGAUUGACAGCAAGAGUCAAGCCAAAAACACCACUUACCUCACACACCCUGUACAUCCCUAAAACACAAAAGCACACACACAAAAAUACUGUUGCAAAACUAACAAUGUCUCAUAUCCCCGAAAUGGUAACUUUACAGUAGAAGGAAAAAACAUACUAAUUUGUAACAGAAGUUAAUGCAAAACAUUAGAGCUUUUACGUUAUGUAAAAAAAGUAAAAAAAAAUUGGAGAUACCCGUUUUGCGCAACAUUGACAAUUUGUAUAUACAAUAUACACAUGUAGAUGUGCACCCACACAUAACCAGCACUGCCCUAACUCACUCUGUUUCUGUUUCUCUCUUUCAAAACCCUCCUCUCUGUCUCUCUCCAGCUAUGACACUUCUCACACAAAACUAUUUCACAAACCUACACCACCACCACAUAACAACAACAACAAACAGGUGGCUAUACACCAACCAGAGUGAAACACUCAUACACAGAUCUACUGCUGUUUAGUUUUUAAUUCAGUUUUCUCUGUACCAAAAUGUGUGAUUUUGUGAUUGUUUAUUGGAUUUUAACAGCAGUAUAUAAAGUAUCUUAUGUAAUUGUUUGAAUAAACUAAAUGGAACCGUG